AUGAUUGAGUCAGUCAAAAUAAGGCGACAGUGCAUGCUGGAUUUCUACUCACAUUAUGAACAUCUUUGUGCUCUUCAAGGCUCUGUGCCACUGAAAGCUGUGAAGGCUAACCCAAGUCAGGGUGCUCUUGAUCUAGUUGUAGAUCGCAUCAAAGCUGCUGAUUGGGCUCCACUUCUGAAUGCUGUCAGGCAUAAUAAGACUCUGACUUCUAUUGGAAUAAGAAGUUUUCAUCAACAGAGUCUUGGAGAAUCAGGAGUUGAAAGAUAUAAGACUUACUUUAGAAGGAGAAUUCCAGCAAUUCAAUCAAAAGACUUGACUGGGCAACUAUGCAAGGCUGUCAAAGGCUGUCUCAGUAUAUCAGAUGUACUGAAAAAUUUAGAACUACAGGGUUUGCUUCUGAGGGAGAGAGAUCUAAUACUUUUAACAAAGGGCUUGGCCACAGCUUCGUCUCUGGAGAGUUUGUCUUUAGCCCACUGUCCAAUUGGAGAUGGAGGAUUAGAAACAAUCUGUCAAAGCGUAAAGAAUUCAGCUACUAUCAGAUAUGUAAACUUCACAGGAUGUAGCCUGACAUGGCGAGGGGCAGAACAUAUGGCAAAUGUGUUAAAGCACCAGGCGAUGAAAAGGCAUGGUGAAGCCUGGGCUGGAAGCCUGCGCUACAGGAUACCUGACCUUGACUACAUGACCGGCUUGAGGCGAAUUACUUUCAAUUGCAACAUGCUUGUUGGAGAUAGAGGAGCAAGUGCCUUUGCAGACUGUCUAGGAGAAGACCUUUGGCUAAAAGCACUUGAUUUGCAGCAGUGUGGAAUAUCCAAUGAAGGAGCCAGGUCAUUAUUAGAUGCUCUUCAAACUAAUACAACACUAGUGGUACUUGACAUAAGAAAAAAUCCAUUAAUUGAUCACGUUGUGAUGAAAAACAUUAUUGAAAGAGUUCUUAUGAAUGGAAGUAGUGCUAAUUCAGAGUAUAAGUGGCUGACAUCUCCGUCUUCCAAGGAUGCUUUGAAAACUAGACCAAAGAAAAGAACUAUUGUCCUAGGAAGUGGUCGAAAAGGAAAAGCUACUAUUCGUCUUGGAUUAACAUCUAAAAAGUCUCUAAGUCCUGGGAAAAAAAAUACCUCCGUAAAAGAUAGUUACUCACCAAAACCACUUCCACCAGGAACAAAAGGCUUCCUGCCUUGGCGGACUGCAGAACGUGCAAAGAGAUGCAGAGGAGGACCAGUGGAUAGUACUGAAGAAUUACCAGUGAAGAUUCAGACAGAUGUUCCUGUGAAAGUAACAGUAGAAAGUGCUUCUACAUCUGAAACUGAAGACACAGAAGAUUUAGAUGAUGUUAUCCAUCAUCCGGAUUUGGCAAAAUCAUUAGAUAAGAUUAAUGUAACAAAGUAUCAACAACUACAG